AUGUCUUCUCCCGCUGCUCCAAAGCAAAGCAUCAUCCCCGGCAUUUCUGCCACUGAGAACAAGCUCCUGCUCCUGGCCCAUGUCUGCCUGAAGAAUGGCAAGAUCGACUACGACAAGCUUGCUUCGAACGCUGGUAUCAAGGCGUCUUCUGCUCACACGCUCUUCCGAAAUGCCAAGCGAAAGCUAGACAAGCUGUACGGCGAUGACAAUGCUGAUGCUGAUGGCAACGGUGCCAAUGCUGACAUGUCGCCCGAGGAGACACCCUCCAAGCGAGGAAAGUCCACCGCCAAGUCACCCCGCGCCCCAAAGACUCCCAAGUCCCCCAAGGCCCCCAAGACUCCGAAGACCCCCAGGGCGACCAAGGCGACCAAGACCCCCCAGAGUGGCAAGGCUGCUAUCAAAUCCGAGGAGAGUGCAGAGCAGGUCUCCAUCAAGCGCGAGUUCAGUCCUAUCACUACUGAGUUCGCCGCUCAGCUCACUGAAGAUACUAGCCUCAAGACCGCUGUUACUGAGGCUUUCAAUGAACCUGCCGCUGAACCUGUCACUGAGCCUUCCGCCGAGCCUCCCGUUACCCCUGACGCAAUCAAGCUCCAGACUGAGAACGAUGAGGAGGAAAAUUACAAGGCCGACGAGAACGACGAGGCUGCAUUUGAUCUGGCGGUGAGCCAGCACCUUCCUGAAUCUCCCUUGCCCGAAGAAGAGGAUGACGCCUACGAGGAUGACGCCUACGAGCAGGAGGAUGAACAGCACGAGGAUUAA